AUGCCCACCAACUUCACCGUGGUUCCCGUGGAGGCGCGCGCGGACGGCGGCCAGGACGAGGGGCCCGAGGCGACCGAGGGGGCCGAGGCCCCGGGCCCCCCCGAGGGCGAGCCCGACCGCCGGAGCCCGGGAGAUGGGAACCCGCGAGAAAACAGCCCGUUCAUCAACCACUCGGAAAUGGAGCAGGAGAGCUUCUGUGAAGGAAAGAACAUGGCGCUCUUUGAGGAGGAGAUGGACAGCAACCCCAUGGUGUCCUCACUGCUCAACAAGCUGGCCAACUACACCAACCUGAGCCAGGGCGUCGUAGAGCACGAGGAACAUGAGGAGGACGGCAAGAGGCGUGAGGUCAAGAGCCCGCGCAUGGGCACGUUCAUUGGCGUCUACCUGCCCUGCCUCCAGAACAUCCUUGGCGUGAUUCUCUUCCUGCGCCUGACGUGGAUCGUGGGGGCGGCUGGCGUCCUGGAGUCCUUCCUCAUUGUGUUCAUGUGCUGUACCUGCACGAUGCUGACGGCCAUCUCUAUGAGCGCCAUCGCUACCAACGGUGUGGUCCCAGCUGGCGGCUCGUACUACAUGAUAUCACGCUCCCUGGGGCCUGAGUUCGGAGGGGCCGUGGGCCUCUGCUUCUAUCUGGGCACGACCUUCGCUGGGGCCAUGUAUAUUUUGGGGACCAUUGAGAUUUUUUUGACCUACAUCUCCCCCAGCGCAGCCAUCAUCCAGGCAGAGACGGCGGAGGGUGAGGCCGCGGCCAUGCUGCACAACAUGCGCGUGUAUGGGACGUGCACGCUGGUGCUCAUGGCCAUGGUGGUCUUCGUGGGCGUCAAGUAUGUCAACAAGCUGGCCCUGGUGUUCCUGGCCUGUGUCGUGCUGUCCAUCCUUGCCAUCUAUGCCGGUGUCAUCAAGACCGCCUUCGACCCACCAGAUGUCCCGGUCUGCCUGCUGGGGAACCGCACCUUGUCAAGACGCGGCUUCGACCUCUGUGCCAAGGUCCACACCGCCAACAACGGCACGAUGCCCACCGUGCUCUGGCGCCUCUUCUGCAACAACUCCAUGUCCAGCGCCAGCUGUGACGAGUACUUUGCCCAGAACAACGUCACAGAGAUCCAGGGCAUCCCCGGGGUGGCCAGUGGCGUCCUGCUGGAUAAUCUGUGGAGCACAUAUGCAGACAAGGGGGCGUUCGUGGAGAGGAAGGGCAUGCCGUCCGUGCCGGUGCCAGAGGAGAGCAGAGCCAGUGGCCUGCCCUAUGUGCUCACCGACAUCAUGACCUACUUCACCAUGCUGGUCGGGAUCUACUUUCCCUCUGUGACCGGUAUCAUGGCGGGCUCGAACCGCUCUGGGGACCUCAGGGAUGCCCAGAAGUCGAUCCCCACAGGGACCAUUUUGGCCAUCGUGACAACGUCAUUUAUCUACCUGUCCUGCAUCGUGCUCUUUGGGGCCUGCAUCGAAGGCGUGAUCUUACGAGAUAAGUUUGGCGAGGCCCUGCAGGGGAAGCUGGUCAUCGGCAUGCUGGCCUGGCCGUCCCCCUGGGUCAUCGUCAUCGGCUCCUUCUUCUCGACCUGCGGUGCCGGCCUACAGAGCCUCACGGGGGCGCCGCGCCUGCUGCAGGCCAUUGCCCGAGACGGCAUCAUCCCCUUCCUGCAGGUGUUUGGCCACGGGAAGGCCAAUGGGGAGCCCACGUGGGCUCUGCUGCUCACGGCCCUCAUCUGUGAGACCGGCAUCCUGAUCGCCUCCCUGGACAGUGUAGCCCCCAUCCUGUCCAUGUUCUUCCUCAUGUGCUACAUGUUCGUGAACCUGGCCUGUGCCGUGCAGACACUGCUGCGCACGCCCAACUGGCGCCCACGUUUCAGAUACUACCACUGGGCGCUGUCCUUCCUGGGCAUGAGCCUGUGCCUUGCCCUCAUGUUUAUCUGUUCCUGGUAUUACGCGCUCUUCGCCAUGCUCAUAGCCGGCUGCAUCUACAAGUACAUCGAGUACCGCGGGGCAGAGAAGGAGUGGGGUGAUGGCAUUCGGGGACUGUCGCUGAACGCGGCCCGCUAUGCCCUGCUGCGCGUGGAGCACGGCCCUCCCCACACCAAGAACUGGAGGCCCCAGGUGCUGGUGAUGCUCAACCUGGACGAGGAGCAGCGAGUGAAGCACCCCCGCCUGCUGUCCCUCACCACCCAGCUCAAGGCCGGCAAGGGCCUGACCAUCGUGGGCUCCGUGCUGGAGGGCACCUACCUGGACAAGCAUGCAGAGGCGCAGCGGGCGGAGGAGAACAUCCGGUCUCUGAUGGGCACAGAGAGGACCAAGGGCUUCUGCCAGCUGGUGGUGUCAUCUAACCUGCGGGACGGCAUGUCCCACCUGAUCCAGUCGGCCGGCCUGGGAGGCAUGAGGCACAACACAGUGCUCAUGGCCUGGCCCGGGUCCUGGAAGCAGGAGGACAACACGUCCUCCUGGAAGAACUUUGUCGAAACUGUCCGAGACACCACGGCGGCACAGCAGGCCCUGCUCGUGGCCAAAAACGUGGACCUGUUUCCGCAAAACCAGGAACGGUUCAGCGACGGAGACAUUGACGUGUGGUGGGUCGUGCACGACGGGGGCCUCCUCAUGCUGCUGCCCUUCCUGCUGCGGCAGCACAAGGUGUGGAGGAAGUGCCGGAUGCGCAUCUUCACGGUGGCCCAGGUGGACGACAACAGCAUCCAGAUGAAGAAGGACCUGCAGGUGUUCCUGUACCACCUGAGGAUCAGCGCUGAGGUGGAGGUGGUGGAGAUGGUUGAAAAUGACAUAUCGGCAUUCACGUACGAGAAGACACUGAUGAUGGAGCAGAGGUCCCAGAUGCUGAAGCAGAUGCAGCUUUCCAAGACGGAGCAGGAGAGAGAGGCCCAGCUGAUCCAUGACAGAAACACUGCAGCCCAUUCCGUGGUAGCCACCAGGACCCAAGCCCCGUCCACGCCAGACAAGGUGCAGAUGACCUGGACCAAGGAGAAGCUGAUCGCAGAGAAGUACAAGAACAAGGAGCCGGGUGUGUCCGGGUUCAAAGAUCUCUUCAGCCUGAAGCCGAACCAGUCCAACGUCAGGAGGAUGCACACGGCCGUGAAGCUGAAUGGCGUCGUCCUCAGCAAGUCCCAGGGUGCACAGCUGGUCCUGCUGAACAUGCCAGGCCCCCCCAAAAACCGGCAGGGCGAUGAGAACUACAUGGAGUUCCUGGAGGUCCUGACUGAGGGGCUCGACAGGGUCUUGCUGGUCAGGGGCAGUGGCCGGGAGGUGGUCACCAUCUACUCCUGACACGGCCACCCGGGAGCCCACAGGGUGAGCUGGGGGUUGGGCCACACGUCCUAGCCCUCCUCUCCAGGCCGAGAGCCAGCACGCAGCUGCCAAGGUUCCCCAUGGGGAGGGGAGGUGCAGAUACCCUCAGCACCCUGCGUGACCUGGGUGGCACUGGACCAGAGCGCUCAGGCUGUGGAUUCCUCGGACCCACCUGGUUGUCGUGGUUACAUUUCAGUUCUUCCCCACCUGGGACGCUCAGGAGAAACCACGCCUGGACUGAAUGAAGGUCACCUUGGGCCACAGGGGUCUGUUCAGGAAGAUGGCCGAGGGCCUCCAUCCCUCGGUCAGCCUCCUGUGCACCUGUCCCUGUAACAUCCCUGUAAUGUCCCUGUUUGUGUUCCUGUGGAUUGAGGCCAAGGAGCGCUGUCCACGCACGAUGGGUGGCCUUGGUCAGCAUGCCUGCCCAGCGUGGGAAUGUGUAAAAAGGGAACCCUGGUUCUUCGGGCACACGGUGUGGUCCUCCCAGGUGGGCACAUUCUGGGGGAUCCCGUGGCCUCCGGUUCCCACACACCAGGCUCUGUGGAGAGGGGCCCCAGCGGCUCUGGGUUGGUGAGGCGUCGCUUGCGUGCCUGUACCCUCCUGCCAGCAGAGGGGACCAGAGGAUGCGUUUCGAUGGUCCAUGGACUGACCUGGUCACACCGCUGUGGGUUGUGGUGACGUGGCUCACUGUCUGUGCGGCGUAUUUAUUUAUUUAAGCACCUGGGGAGUUUUGGUAAUAAUGAGGGUGUCUGUGAAUGAGCCCAUUGGCUCUCAGGCUCCCUGGGGCCCCCAAGCAAGUCAACCAGGUCCACAGAUUUCAGGUCAGGGAACAGACCAAGCGUGUGUGUGUGUGUGUGUGUGUGUCCCGAUGUCCCUGAGGCAUGGUUGGGCAGCACAGAGGGUCCAGAGUGACCACCAGCCAGAGUGUGUGCCAAACAGCCAUGUCUGGGCUCGGGGCGUACGUACUCCUGCCCGCCGUGGUUCCACAGCAGCAAAGUGGCAAACCCACCUCCCUGGCACACGGGUCACAUGCUGUGUUGGGCAGAGGUGUGUCCCCAGGACCCCCAUGAGGUACAGCACGUUCACACGGGCUGGAGAAGAGCCACCACAUAGCCCCUGUUUGCACGGCGUAGGCGGCUGCAGAGUGAGGGUGCAGCUGCGUCCGUGCACCCCUUUCCACACGACUGCGUGGGACCGAGUGCAGCUGAUCAAAGUGGGUUCCACGGUGGUUUUAUAGCUUCCUUGUCUUUGUAUGAUCUUGUUGGUAGAAAAAUAAAUUGUAUAAAACCUA